AUGUUCCGCGUCGAACUCGUCUCAGACACAUCAACGGCCACACCAGGCUGGUCUUACGCCCCAACCAGGGGCUUCGACCCGACACAAGCGAUGGCCCCAACCCUAGGCCGCAAACGCGGCAUCCGCGACGCCGGCAAGGGCGGCGACAUCUCCUCUCGACAAGCAAACGCGAUCGCACGUCACAUCGCCGAACUAGACCGCGAGAACCAGCGCGACGUCGCCAUCCCAGCACCAGUGAAACAAGCCCGAGAAGCUGGCGCCCGCGGCACGCGAGCAAAGACCACCUCGAACGUGCGACGCAUCCUGCAGUCCCAAAAGACCUUCCGGAACCACCUCGACGACGAAGAAGCAGCAAUAGCCUCAGGCAGCGGGGGGAUAGGAGGCAUGCAGGGCGCAGGAGGCGCAAGCGUUGUCGCGCAGGCACGGAACAGCAUCGCCGCCAAGGGAGGCAAAGCUGCUGCUACUUUGCGCCGCAGCGCGACGCCGGCUAGCACUGCGGGUGCCAAGCGUCCGGCGGCGGCCAUGGCGGACACAACAGCCGGUGUGUCGGCGCCCAUGCAGGAGACCGCCGACGCUGAGCCGGAUGCCGACGAUAAACCGCCGCGGAAACCGAAACUAAUCAAGUCGCAAUACGAUAAUGAUCCCCUGCUGCGCUCGUAUGCACCCCCUGUGCCUCCUGAUCGGCUGAUGCAACGGCUACUGGCGGAGCCGCCGCUUUCUUAUAGUGCGUCGCGAGCGAAGCCGCCAGCGUCGGGGCGGCCCGGGCGGCAUUUUUGUUGGGGUGUACUUGUACUUACUAUACGAAACCCUACUAGUAUUGGGAAGGAGCUUGGCCUAGCCCUGUCCUACUGA